AAGGGAACUGGUUUCGUUUCCUUCAGUUUAUCAGUGAAGCGCAGGACGCGCCGGGAGGGAGACUCGGAGCAAGGGACGGACUCGUGGACGGACGGACGAUCCAGCAUGAGGACCCUGGGGACCCUGGCCCUGCUGCUCUGCCUGGCAGUCUGCAUCUCCACCCCGCCCGGUGAGGGGGCCCAGGACCUAGCCACGCCCGGCUCCGGGAUCGAGGCCCUGUGCGACGGCGACAGCUGCCCCCACCAUAAGAAAUCGGCCACCCUCGUGCCAUCUUUCACCAAAACCACCACCGCCACCACCACAACCCACCACACGACGCCCCCCACCACGACCCACCCGGCCAAUCACACCACGACCCACCCGGCCAAUCACACGACAACCCACCCAACCAACCACACCACGACCCACCCAGCCAAUCACACGACAACCCACCCGACCAACCACACCACGACCCAUCGCACGACGCCCCCCACCACGACCCACCCGGCCAAUCACACGACAACCCACCCGACCAACCACACCACAACCCACCCAGCCAACCACACCACGCUGCACACGACCCCCCACCUCACCACGGCGGCCCCGCCGGUGCCCCCGGAUGUGGGGGUCGGGAACUACUCGGUGUGGAAUGGGUCGGAAGUCUGCCUCCGGGUGCAGUCGGGCCUCCAGAUCUGGGUCCGAUACGAGAACCUCUCCAAAGCGCAGCUCUGGGGAAAUUUUUCCGUCCAGCCGAACCAGACGAAGGUGUCAGGAAAUUGCUCCGACGAGUCGGCCACCAUGGAGCUCAGCUUCGCCCAGGGCUUCCUGCAUUUCAUCUUCGUAAAGAAUAAAACCCAAAACACCGUCUACCUGCACGAGGUCCGAGCCCAGCUGAGCCUCCAGUUUCCUGGGGUCCCACGGAAGCAGUUCGGGGUGCACAACGCCAGCCUGCGGGAGUUCGAAGCCCGGCUGGGCCAUUCGUACCAGUGCCAGAACCGCAGCCUGGCCCUGGACCCGGCCUUCCACCUCGACGCCCUACACGAGCAGCUCCAGGCCUUCGCCCUGCCCGGGGGCCACUUCGGGGAAGCCGAGCUGUGCCCAGAGGACCGGCGCAGCUCGCUGGUGCCCAUCAUCAUCGGGGUGGUUCUGCUGAUCCUGAUCCUGAUCAUCAUCAUCGCCUACCUGCUGGGCCGGCGCAAGGCCCGGGGUGGCUACCAGACCCUCUGAGGGGCCGGGACACUGGGGUGGGGUGGGGGUU